UCAUGCGACUACAGUGGGCUAUAGAUCAAAGUUUCAUAGAACUGCUGACUGGAAAAGAAGUGAAACAGAGUGUCAUAAUACACGAGUUUCCCCGCGGGAGACGCUCAAAUAAUCAAAAUCUAGUUGACAUGAAAGUAAUCAAGGCAUCAUUUAUUUUCUUCGCAAUCUAUGUGGGUCUGAUACCUUCGUUUUACGUGUUCAUGGGGCGUUUGAUUGUUGAAAAAGCCACCGGUGUACAGGAGCUCAUGAAGAUUGCGGGAGUGAGUACAAAAGCUCUGCUCAUGUCGCACAUCCUGAACGCGUUAUUCCCGGGCCUGGUGUUCUCCAUAGGAGGCACUGUCCUGAUGAAACUUGAGUCUGGACUGUCCUUCAGCAAUAUGUUCGACGCGCACACACCCUACUCGGGUUCUGCUCUGUUGGGGUUCAUAAUACAAAUCAUUCACAUCGCCCUAUUUUUCCUGAUAAGUUGGUACCUUGAGCAGAAAGCAUAUUGGCGUAAAGCCUCUGUGGAUCCGAUGGAUGAACUUGAAACGGAGGCUGUUCGGAUCCAAGAGCCACAGUACUUCGAGCCGCCACCAUCGAAUCUCGAAAGUGGGAUCAAAAUAGUGAACGUCACAAAGAUGUAUGGCCCAAACCGCGUGGUAGACGACCUGUCUCUGGAAGUUUAUAAGGGCGAGAUCACCAUCCUGCUGGGACAUAACGGCGCUGGGAAGAGCACUCUUAUGUCCAUAAUCACUGGUGUACUAAAACCCACCAAGGGUCAGGUGCUAGUAAACGGAUACAAUAUUGAGUCCCACGCUAUGGAAGCGCGGCAACAAAUCGGCAUGUGCCCGCAACAGAAUUUGUUUCUGGACGGCGUGUCCGUGAUCGAGCACGUGAUGUUCUUUACCUUGCUGAAAAAAGGUACUUACCGUGAAGCCCGCAUAUCGGCAGAAAAACUUUUGGAAAAACUUAACUUACAACAAAAGGCAAACAGUCAGAGUUCUGACUUAUCUGGAGGCAUGAAGAGGCGACUUCAGCUGGCAUGUGCCUUAGCAGGGCAAGCUAAUGUUUUGAUACUGGACGAGCCCACGUCGGGUCUUGAUGUGGAGACCAGGCGUUCACUGUGGGACAUCUUUAUGUCUCUGCGAGGGUCCCACACAGUGCUGCUGUCGACUCACUUCAUGGAGGAAGCUGACGCUUUAGGAGACCGCGUGGCGGCGCUGCACGCCGGCCAGCUGCGGUGCCACGCCACGCCCAUGUACCUCAAGAGAGCCAUAGGUACCGGCUACCGCCUGACCUUCACCACGACUGGCAGCCCCAAGGAAGCAGCAAUCACCAGUGUCGUCCAGUCAGUGGUCCCCGAAGCCACUGCCACUGGAAGCGGGUUUAACUCCAUCUCCUACAAGAUUCCUAUGGCGUCUACCAAAAGCUUGCCCGGUCUCUUCUCCAAACUGGAGUCCAAGAAGACCGAACUGGGUAUAGAAUCAAUGGGAGUUGGUGUGUCAACGCUUGAAGAAGUGUUUUUAAAGCCGUUGCUAAACCACAGAAUCCUGUACAAAGUAAACAAUGAUUCUCGUAUGAGGCUGCUAAGUGAUUUGUACCCGAGGGUAACCUUUGAGAAUGUUUCGGACUUAGAGGAAGGUAAGGACACCAAGGGUACAAGGGCUUUGGCCGACUGUACAAACACAGCUUAUGUGAAUGCUCUUUGCAAAUUGAACAAGGACAAAUGCCCUUUCACUGAUGUCCUAAGUCCACACUUCAAAGACGGCAAGUGCUGUGGCGUGCAUAGCUUCUUGAUGGAUAAGAUUUUGAAUAUACCACUCAAGGCUCCACCACAACAAUUUGAUGAGAAGACCGUUAAAGCGGAAGAGGUGUAUGUCAAGAAUACUAUUGUAUUGCCACCGAAAGAGAUCACAGAUAUGAUGCUGGUGUCUAACGUACACAAGAACUACGUAGACCUCUGCACUAAUUUCUACGCGGUAAAGGGCAUCAGCUUCUCUGUCAAGAAAGGUGAAUGUUUCGGUCUUCUUGGCGUGAACGGCGCGGGCAAGACCAGUAUGUUCCGGAUGCUCACUGCUGACCGGUGUGUUACUAAGGGACAAAUCUUCGCUAAUGGACGGUUUUUAACACUUCCGUGUUUCGAUAAGUACCUAUUCUCCCUGAGCUACUGCCCCCAAUUCUGGGGCCUGGACGACUUCCUGACCGGCAGACAGAACCUGGACCUCCUGCUCACGCUGCAGGGGUUCAACGAGCGCGAUAUGAACGCACAAACCAAGACCUGGAUCAAACUUGUUGGCCUGGAAAAGUACACGGACCAGCUGGUAUCAGGCUACAGCGGCGGCUGCCUGCGGCGGCUGGCGGCGGCGUGCGCGCUGUGCACGGGCGCGCCGCUCACGCUGCUGGACGAGCCCACGGCCGGCGUCGACGUGGCCGCGCGCCGCCGCGUGUGGUACGCGCUCAAGCGCGGCCUGCGGGACCAGCACGCCAUUAUCAUCACCUCGCACAGUUUGGACGAAAUGGAAGCGCUGUGCCACCGCAUUGCUAUAAUGGUGGCUGGGCAGCUGUGUGCGCUUGGCUCGCCGGCUGCCUUGAAGGCCGCUUUCGCAGUGGGACACUCCGUCAUCUUGAAGAUCAAACAUGAAUCAGAUGAAUCUGCUGGAUCACAAGUAGAUCAACUAAAAGCCUUCAUGCAACAGAAGUUCAACUGUACACUCAAAGAUGAGCAUAAGACAAUGCUGAACUACCACAUAAAUGAGACGAUGGAGUACAGCAGACUGUUCCAAGACAUGGAGCAGGUACAAAGUACGUUCCCUUCGCUGAUUGAGGACUACUCAGUAUCAGAAACCACCCUCGAAGAAGUUUUUCUGUCAUUUGCUAAGCGUCAGGAAGAGAUGACAAAAGUCCAAGGCAAAAACAAAGCAACAUCUGAAAAAGAAGGAAAAGCAGAAACAAAAAACAACGCACCUGAUACCAAGAAGAAUGAUGAAGGUGGACCCGUGUAA